AUGUCAUCUCGAAUAUUCGAGUACUUCGUUGUCUGCGGCAUCGGGCCAGAGAUCCAGACCCUCGAUGGGGAGAAAGGUUACCACGGGACGGGGUAUAAGUACGCUGUUUCCCUCCUCGAUCAGUUCCCUGCAACCGACCACUCCCUUUAUCCUCCUCCACCCCCGCAGCUGUCAACGGUGUGCACUUCUCCUAUCAUUCUCUAUCAGCAACAGUCUAUUUCUUGCUUCCGAUCUGAUCCAAUCUUUCCGAGUCCGUCUCUAUGUUGAAUCCCUCAUUAUCUCUGCACGAGUUUUAUUUUGUUUUGAUUGCACUAAGACUCGGUUACGGUUGUCUUGAUCAAGUUACCAAAAAAAUUAUGUGAAACUCUCGAUGCUCGUGUCGGUUUUUUACAUUAAAACUCUGAUUCCUGUGCAAUGCACCCACAAUUUGUCGCAUUGAAGACAGUCUAGACCAUCUUAUACAAAUACUUACGGCUUUGUUUCAAUUCUUGAUUUAUUUCAUCCGAAUACUUACGGCAUUGUGUCAUACAAACCCGACACCAUCUGAACCUUGCACGAUAGCCCGUAAAAUUAUUGCGGAGGACAGACCAUUGUCUUCGUGUACUAAGUUAAGUCGAACGCAUAAUUUAAAGUAAGAUAGUUAGAAAUUCAUCUUCAUUUUUUAUUUUUUAAUCUUCUAGACCAUCAAUCAUGUGAAGGGAUGGAUAAAUUCUGCUGGAUUUGAUUUGAAGCAUAAUAUGCGUGUAUAUGUACACAGUGACUGGUAGAAAGUUGGUAUAUAUCCGUAGCCUGCUGAACUAUUUUCAUGCUAUCCACAUCUAGGUGCCAUGUCCUGGGUUGUAUAUUUUCUAGGAUCCGCGUUGUUGGGGUUUUCUAUUCAGUGGGCUAUCCAUUUUAUUCUUUUAGAUUUCUAUUAUUUCUGUUCCAAACGGGUAGACUCAUAAUUUCCAUGCUCUUCUGUUUAUUCACUGCUUCUGAUUUCAUUUGAUGUCCUUGGUUUUUUAUCCUCUACUCGCAAACUGGAAAAUAUUAUCUUUCAUUGUAGAUGGAUCACCACUCCGAAUCAUUAUUAUAUACAUCUGGUGUUCAUUUAUUUACUUUUUAGCACUACUGUGUGAUGAGACGUGCAAAAUAUUUUCUUGAGACAAGUCUAAUUCGAAUGGAAUACAAAAGUAUCUAUUUAUAUUCCGGUUCAAAUCAGUGCUUAUGAUUUUUUAUUCCGUAAAAUAAUAUUGCUCUCUUUUUUCAUGGUAUGAGCCAUUACUAUAGUGUGUUCUGCCAGCCGGUAUUGAGUUCUAUGACUCUGGAAUUGACUCAAAUGAUGUAUCUACUUGUGCACGGAGCUAUCCAAUAGUACUAACUGGUAAUUCUCCGGUUCUGCUAUGCCUUUUAGUUUUCUUAAUGUUUUAUAAUUAUCUAUUUGCAACUUUCUUCUUUAGCAAUCAUCAUAAUUUAUGAUUAGGGGCAAGAAUAAAGAGUAGAAAUCAUUCAGGAGGGGGAAGCCUAUGUGAACGAAGGAAAGAACAUGGUCUUCUUAAACAAGAAAAUGCUUGUUCAUGUCCCUUACAGAAAAGUAUAUUCUGUUUUCCAUGUGAGUGUAAUGUAGUUCUAUAGUGGAAGUCCUUAAGAAUGGAAGCCAUAUUGUAUCCUGGUGCAUCUUCUAAAUCUCUUGUGGAAAUGAACUUCAGAGAUCUAGUUGGUCUGGUGACUCCUCAAAUGCUUCUAGAGGUUCUUUGCAAGGUCCUUUGCAACAUGAAAGGACACGUGGAUUGUCUUCCAUGUAAAAUCUUCCUCGGGAAAAUCCUCACCUUGUGUAGAGACUCAUGCUGUGUCUCGUCGCCUCAUCUUCCAUGAUAUGGCAGGAAACCCAAUUUUUUAAUCGUCCACCAUCUAUCUGCAUCCUUUUUUCCAUUUGACAAUUGAAAGAAAAUAAAAUAAAUUUGAGAUAUUGUUGAGUGGUCGCUGGCAUAGCUGCAUUUUCUCGUGGAAUAACCAUGACAAGCAGACUUCUCAUUUUGGAUUGACGCCACAACUAGCCAAUGAGCAGGAUCCUCAACAGAGAGAGGUAUCUCCCUUUACAUCUUUGAGAAUCAUCUAUCUGGGGAUAAAUUGAGAAUAAGUUGAGCGAGUAUUGGCCAUAAUCUUGUAAACGAUAGUAGUAGCCAUAGGCAUUGCUGACUACAUCAGAAAGAUGAACAUAGAUGAAUGGGAAAUUAAUUGUUCUUGAAUAUAACAAUCGGUUGAAAAACGAAAACAAUUAAAUGAGGAAUUGAAAAAAUUAGCCAAUGGAACACGAGCUGUGUUCUUUAUGGGUAACUGGGGUGGUGAUGUUCUAAUUUCCUAUUUUAUGCAGGGACCUUUGCCCUUCAAGUUGAUGUGGUAUGUUUCAUUGAACGAUUAGAUGUUCAUUUUAUGUUUUGUGACAAACUGCAGAAGGAGAUGGCUCAAAAAUUUACGUUAGUUGCAUUGCUUUCCGGGACCCAGUCUGUAAAGAUAUUUGUGAGGCAUAUGGUAUCCCAGCAAACUCAUUUGCAGAUAAAUGUAUUUGUCUUGUAUCACGCUACCCCAGUUUUAGUGUGCUUCGGGAUGUACUGGAAGAAUUGUUUAAUCUCUGCUUUUCUUCCGUUGGAAGCAGGUUAUGUUCUAAAUCUCUCUUGAUUUUGUCAUUUUUUCUACUCCCUUAUUCAUGUUCCCUAUGCUUCUCUUUUUUAUCGUUUACUAACAGCAGUAGGUGCAUGACUUUAUCCUUAUAUUUUUUAUGAUGUGGAUGUGUACACUAACCAUCAAAAUGGGUAUGGAUAUCAAUCAUGGCAUAUAUUAGAAGAAAGAUACCAGCACACACGUGUAUGAUCAAACAAUAUGAAUUAGUGCAAAGAUAAGACUGAUUACAAUGUGGGUGAUGAUCGCCAAAAAAAAAAGAGAAUCUAGUGCUCAGUAGGAUGCGGCUUACCUUUUUUAGAGUUCUAAUGUAUACAAUGUUCAAACCGUAGGAAAUAAUGAGGCAUUUUUCCUGAAAGUCAGAUCUGAAGUGGAGGAUAUGUCAUGGAAGGCAAUCCUUGUGAUCAGAUUGCUCUCUUUAUGUCGAACAUGAAUACUUCCUUGAAUGUCAUCAGGAGUCAUAUUGUCACUUUGUUUAUUGGGGAGUCAUUUUCAUUGAAGCUUUGGAUAUGCUACAGCACAAAAUAGGCAUGUAAAAUAUCACUGUAGUGAGGAUCAAAGGUGAUCAGAAGGUAUGCUGUGUCUAAUCUUGUUUGAAAACUGUUGUGCCAUUUGAAAAGCGAGACUUGAUAGAUUUUUUUGAAGAUAAUUUUUUCGCAAAGGCAGUGAUUAUUACCGUAUGUGGUAAAGACAGAGAGGUAAACCGUCUUUUCUAAUGUAGGAUAUUAUUUUUGAUUGGGCGGUUUGCAUGAUCUUAUGCAUCAUAGUGUAGAUACGUCAUCGUGCAAGUCACUAUUCACUUUCUGAACAAAAGAGAAUACAUUUGAUGUUUCUGUCCAACGAGAAUUCUUGCCACACCUGAUGCCUCUGCACCGUUUUCUCCCCUACCUCUUCACCCUUCCGUAACUGGGUGCAAAGAUUUCAGUUUUGGCUUGUGAUUUGACAGCCUCCAAUGGAAUCAGUGCCACUUUUUCGGUCCAUUGUUACUGAGGGGCUAUACUAGUUCUCUCAAACUAGUGAGCAAGUUUCACAGACAUGAAUCUGUCACUACGGAUAUAGAAGUCACAUCUAUGGUUAACGUCUGCAAGGACAACAAUGAGAUCCCAUCCGUCUGAUAAGCAUAACUCUUCUGUUAUGGAUAAUGGCAUGAGUGAUUAGCAAUCUCUACAUGUUGUUCGCCGGAUCAUGACCUGGGAGUGAUCGAUAAAAUAUUGAUGUUUGAUGAAGAUUGUUACGUUUAAAAAAUCACGGUAACUACAUGAGUAGGGGACCCCGUGAGGUGUAGUGAUUAAAAAAUCAGAAAAAAGAACCAGACAGGUGUCGGCUGUUGCUCUUAUGUCCAAGGUUGUUUCACAGUUUUUACUGCUCAUGCAGGAUUGGCUAUAUUUAACGAGGUUGUCAUUACAUAGUCCCUUUGCAUUGACACAAAGUUAGUUGUCACAAACGAAAAGGUGGUACACCGGUUAAUAAUAUUUUUGUAGAAAUUGUUUCCAUCAUCACAAUGCUAAUACUAUUUUAUUUUAUUUAUUUUAUUUUAUUGUAUUUACAUCUCUAUUAGUCUUUUAGGUAUCAUGGGCAUAACUAUUGCGGACACUUUUCUUAGGGCUUGCUUGAGUAUUAAGCCAUAGUAAACUUGGUGAGAAAGAGCUAUUUUCUGUAACACUAUUUAGAAGCCACCUGUUUUUUUCCUGUUUAUGAACGUCUUUAUACAAAUUUAUGAAUGGAAACUAUUGUUUCAUACAUCUAUUAAAUGGUAUCCAGUCUAUGAAAAGUGCUUUCUACACACUAUACACUGUUUUCAUUGCACUGUUUCUGACAGGGUACUUCUUUAAUGCUAUCAAGUACAGUUCCUUAUUCUGUUCUAUGCAGAUAUUUUUUUUGUAGCAGUUUACAUGUUGUGCAUCUGCCAUACAUGGAACUCACAACCAUCAUGAAAAACUUACAGCUUGCCGUUGUGGGAUAUCAUAGCACAUAUGGUAUCGAAUGUUCCUCUUCCUACACCGGGAAAGGAUCGAGUUUUAUUUGCAAUUGAUAACUGCCUUCUCUCUGUGGAGGCUCCACCAAAGGAGGGCCUUCCACAUGCAGAUGUAAUGGAACUUUUACAAAUAUGGAGUUUCUUCUACAAUUUUCGUAUAAAUAUUUAUGACAAUCAUAAUUUUUCACCUGAUGCAGAUAUCUUUUCAACAUCUGAUGCAAUGUUUGGAUGUUGAUAACUUGAUCAAGCUUUUCACGGCUGUUCUUCUUGAAAGAAGAAUUUUACUUCGGUCAAACAAGUAAUUUCCAGAAAAUCCUAUUUUUAAAAAACUGUGGUCAGAUAAAUAGACCUUGCCAAUCGAUUUGAAUGAUUAUCCAAUACUUCAACAAGGCUUUCACUAAUAUGCAGAGUAACUCGGUGAAGCUAUUUUUUGGGAUUAAAUUUAAAUUAUCGAAUAAGAUUUUUUUAUGCCUUCCUGCUUUAAUUUAAUUCUCAUAACAAUUCCAUAGAGAAUUUUUUUCAUCCAUUUAAUUUUUUAAAACCCUUAUUUUUACUGCCAUUAGGGAUUUUGUUUAUUUUCAUCAUGGCAUGAUGCUAUUUCUACUGAGUAAUGGUAAUGCAUUUCCUCCCUACUUUUUGACUCAUUAUAAAACACAUUCUUACGUUGAAAUCAAGUUUGCAUACUUCAUGUUUGUCAAUGGAAUAUAAUGUGGAAUAACUGGAGAUCUUUUUCUUGUUCCUCAGGUACGCUCUUUUAACUCUAGUUUCGGAGGCUAUCUGUCAUUUGAUAUAUCCAUUUAGGUGGCAGGUAAGUGCAAAGUUAUUUCAACUAGAGAGUGCAUAUUUUUUAUCAGUUAAUCAGAUUAUUAUUGUUUUUUAACUUUAAUCAGGUACACAUUAUAUCGUUAUUAUGAUUAUUUUCUUCUGCGCUUACGAAUUUCUUGGCCUCUUUGCAUGUCUCAUUAAAGUUUUUCUGUGAUUUUGCAGCAUGUGUAUAUACCAUUACUGUUUUUCAAGGGGGUAGAAUACAUUGAUGCACCUACACCAUACAUGAUGGGGCUUCAUUCUGGUGUUGACACAUUUGGUCUCACGAUGGACGGUGUAAGUUAGUUUUAUUUGUCUGGCUCUAACUUCUGACGUCAAAUUCUCACACCUGGGACCGACUAAACAUCUAUUUUCAACUUUUUGCUAGUAGUUUACGAUGAAUAUCUCAUCACAGUAUUUUGUGAUGCAUACUUUUUUAUCUCAUCUUGUCACGGUACAUCUUAGAAAGGAUCUGUUGUUUAGUUGCCAUUAAAUCCUGGUGCAAAAAAAGUUGCAUACAUUCUGACUGUGAAUUAAGACCGAAACAUUGAUUGUCCCCUGUAUCAGAGUAUAGUGUUAAUGCAUUCUUCUUAAGAGUGCUGAUAAUAGUAAGCAGAGCGGAUUCUUACUCUCGAACUGUUAUCUGUUAUACAAUAUAUUAUGAUAUUAUAAAUGUUAACGAUGGGAAAACAGGUUGCUGUAGUAUUUACUGUCAUAUGAUUAACAUAUGUUCAAUUGAAAUUAUUGUCAUAUCACUUGAAGUAAUGUGAGAAAACAGCUUGUUUAUUUUACUACUGUGACAAGUUUCUUUCUCAGAGUUGAUCAACCUUCAUAGUGUGCAGGACUUAUGUUUAUCCUCAACCAUUAGAUGAAAUGUGUGUUCCAUUUUGUCCAUUUUCGAAGGAGAUACUGCGAAAUUUCAAUGCUUGAUGACAAAGUUUCAUAUAGGAUUUCUCCUGGCAUGCGUUUUCGGGUAUCACAUCAUCUUCACUAUCAUCAUUAAUUACUGCAGGUCGUUAUUGUGGAUCUAGAGUACAAUCAGAUCACUAUAACGGAGGAAAUACCACCUGUGCCAGAGCCUGAACUAGGUUUUUUACGUGGCGAGAUAACUAGAUUGUUGCAUCCAAAGAUAGUUCAGAUAGAUCAACUGAAGAAAUCUUCAGGCAAUGUUUUUGAUCUGCAUGGUAAGGGAAGCAGCAGACCUUGGGGGCAAGAGCAUGAUAUUCAACUCAGGUGAUAUAGAUGAAGAAAAUCAUUUUUAAGCCAUUUAUUUAUUUCUUCAAAAUUAAAUGUCCAAGAUGUAACCAGCAUAAAUUUUGCAUGUCUGCUGCAAUAUUUAUGUUUCAGAGUUUUUAUUUUGACUGGCACAUAAUCGUAAUGCAGUUGGUUCUUUGGCUAACAUCCCGUUUUUGUAUAAAAUCUUUCUGUUACCUGGGGAAAUAAUCGAGGCGUGUUUCUUUAUUACACUUGGAUAAGCUGCACAACUUAGUGCUACCUUCUUAACCCCUCGCUUCCAGAGAAACUGGUUGAUCACAGAAAUUGUGCUAUCAAUUUCUGGUACCACCUUGAAAAAGGUUGGGGCGAUAGUUGUUUGCCAGUUCCUUUGGACUCUUCAUUAUAUAUAGCAGUUCCUAAGUUGAUUGGAUAACGCUCAUGAUCAAUCACAAUGAUGACGGCGUUCCUGUCCAUCACCUUAUGUAGAAAUGCCAUUGUGUUUCAUUUAGUGUUGCAAUUCAAUGUGGAGAAGGGUGGCCAUGCCAUUGCAAUAACAGAUUUACACUAAAUGCAUUUCUUUCUCAUCGUGAUGCAGGUUGAUAUUUCUUAAAUUUUUCGCCUCACUUUUGAGUGGAUACCGUAAUUUUAUAGUGAGUUUCUCCUUCAUAAUUUGAUAUUUUCAUCCACGUUUGAAGAAUAAACUCUGGUAUUUCUGUUGAUCCAAUCCCUCUUUAUCAGGAAAAUAGUGCAACUCAUGUUUUUAACUCUCAAGCAUUUCUAAAGAAACGUGCUCGCUCGACUAAUCAACCACCCGAAUCAAUGACAAUGGUAUUCAUUUAGAUUAACUCUUACUUUGAACCACUUAAUGUUUCAUGUCAUCAUUUUCGAUCUGCUCUUUCUCUUCUUGAUGUUUAUAGUGCGUUUUUCUUAGUUGUAUGUAACUGAAUACUGGUAAAUGUUACUUGCUUGAUAUAUUUAUAUGUGACCUCUCAGUUUGUUGUUCUGAUACUGUUGUGAAAUAAUCUUAAGGAAAAUCGUGCUCUAUAUUAAGGAAAAUGUGUUGUGAGCUGGCACGUGACAAUAUUAUUACAGGAGUGCCCAUAUACUUGCACAUCUGAAACUUCAAAAAGGAAGAGUUUCAGGAAUUCCAUGUGAAUUGUUAAAAGAAGAAAGCCUAGGACCAGGUGAGAUAUUAUGUUCCUUACAUACAAACUUAGUUUCUUUUCUACCAGGAGAGGCAUCUUAAAUUUCAUGGUAUUCAUAAAUAUUUGAGAUACACCUGUAGAUCCUGUUGUGAUCUAUGGGAAGAGCAUCAUAGACAAGACUAUGACUGAUUACUAUGGGUGAAUAGAUCCCGUGGGCUACUUGACUGCCCUUUUGGAAAUUUAACUGUUUAAGAUACUCAUCUGGAAGAGUUCCAACAUAGACCGUGUAUAUUUUACCACCUGAAAAGACAACGGUUUUGUCACCCACAGGUCACAUAGCUAGUAAUUCAGUUUUUAGAAACCAAAAUCGUCUGAGAAAAACCUUUGUUUGCCUCGUGAUUUGGUAGUUAGAAUCUAUACAAAUUUUUAAGGGGUUCUUGUAGGAUCCUUGGCCAUGAUUCUGGAAUAUUUAAAGCGGAGUAUCUAUUUUUCUGUGUAAUCUAACUUAUGCCUGGGCAUCAUUUCUGAAGUUCCCCGUAUUUAUUAUCAAUCAUCGGAACAAGUUUCUAAAUCUUGUAACAGAAAAACUAUGGUCAUUUAGUGUAAAUCCCCUGCUGUCUAGAAAUCCUUUCUGAAAUAGUUCAGAACGGUAUUUUGACACUAUUUAGAGAAGUUCUGAGAAUCACAAUUCAUCAAUGUUAAUUAAAAGAUAAAACAUAUAAUAGUAAAUUGUGAUUUUCUAUUCAUAUCAUAAAAAAGUAUUUUAUUCUUUCUGGUCCAUUUGGGAUUUAGUAUUCCAAAUGCAUCCAUAUCUGAUUGAGUCCAGCCAGUUUGUGUGGCAUGAUGUAUUUAUUGGAUGAAGCACUUGACUAAGCCUGCUGCGUUAUGCUGAAAGCUAGAUUGUUACAGUCCUACAUCUGCUCGGAAAAUAAUAUGUUAUGAUUAAAAUAAGAUAAUUUGCCAAUCUUCUGGUGAAACCUUAAUAUCUUUUUGUAUCUUCUUGGCAAGCAAGUGACAUGACCCCACACAAACACUUCUAUAAUAUUUGUAUAUCAAAAAGCAUGCAGUGAAAUAAAAUGCCUAAUGCUUAAUUAUUAUUUUUUCACGUCAAUGACAAGGAUGUAGUAAAACAUGACAUGCCCUUAGGCCACUCUGACUCCAUAUUUUGGUUCGUUUUGUGUCUCAUCUAAAAAAUCUUUGAACUGCUUAUCAAGGAAAGCAGUAGAUUGCAGUUGAUGUGGAGAAAACAGGAAAUGGACCCAAAGCGUCACCUUUGUGGAGUAUGUAUUUAGAAAAAAUAGAACUUGAUGUUUUCAAUGUUACCGUAACAGUGUGUGAUUUUGAUUUGGUUAUGGUCACCUAGACUGAAUCUAAAUCAAGGCCUCAUGGCAUCAGCAGAUUUUUAGGCCAUUAAGCACGAGAGCAUCCUCGUCAUGUUGGUUUUGUCCCAAAAAUUUUCUAGUGCUUUAGUUUGUGCCUGCAACAUGACGAAAUCUUAAACUGAACUUUGAAAUGAGUGCCAAUGUUACCUAAAAGAAAAGUUGGCUACUUGAAGUUAAUUUUAUUUUUUUUACUUUGGUGGAAGCUACCUCCUUCAGAGAAGUUGAUUAAGGAUCUGUAGUUUUCAGUUAGUUGCUAGGAACGGGCACAUUAGUAAAUUACCUCAGGAAUUUUCCAUGAUACAGUGCUACUUCACGACUUGUGAAGGAUUAUUUCUAUUUUUAGAGUUGAUAGACUUAGGCACUAGUCUUUUUUCUAGAAAGAUAGAUAUUUCUCUUUAUGGCAUUCCCCAUUUUUUCAGCAUUCCGUUGUCAUCUACAUCAAUGAAACAAUAAUCGUCCUUCUGGUUCUUUUCACUUCCGCCAGAUAUCACAGUUUCUCGAUUCACAAGGUUUUUCUGACUAUGUGGAGAGAGUUGCGACUUCAGAUGGUAAUUUCAAUCUUCUUCACAAGUUACAAGAUGCAAUUGGGAGAGGUCAAAGCCCUGCUGCUAUUCUUCCUUCUCAAGGGGAACUAGAGAUCAUAACUAUAUCAGAUCCUGAAGUUGGUUCAGAAGGUGAUAUGCUGAUGCCUUCAUUUUGAUUAGCACUCGGUGAAACUUUAGAUAGUGUUGUAUAAGACGUUAUUGCUCUCCAAUGCUCAGCACUGUUUUAUUUUUUAUGAGUGUUUGUCUUGACCGAUGUGCUAGAUAAAGUUGAAGUCUAACUUAUAACUGUUUUGGUAGUAUCAUUUGGUAAAUCCUUGACUAAUGAUUUAUUUAUUUAUUAGGAUCUGGUGCUAAGUACUGUUAUGAUCGUUUCCCAUCAAAUAUUAGAACGGAAGAGCAGGAAGAAGAACGUAGAGUAAUUCUGGCAACAGCAAGUGGGAACAUUGACCACUCAGGAAAGUAUGCUCCCAGGUAUGCUGUACCAGCAGCUUUCAGAUACCGUAAUCCGAAUAAUAAAGCCAAAGUUUAACCAGAUCAUUUGAUUAUACAAGUGAGAAUAUUCUUCCCAGUAGAUUUUGACAUUGGCAUCUUCCUACCCCUUAUAAUCUCAACCCUGAACGGAAAUUAGCUAGCUUUGUGUUUGAUUGGGUUACGUGAGCAAUUUUUUUGCCAGAUUUUCUUUCAGUGAUCUCAAAAACUGAGUUAACUUUUAAGUACUGUGCGGCCUUUGUUCCUUUGUACGAUUGUCAGUUCAUACUGAAGCAUGCAUAGUAUUUGAAACCUUAAAUGUAAGUAUCCCACCAUCUCCUUCAUCUAUACCCUGCCGUUAAGUGAUUCUAAGAUACAUUUGUGCGUAUGAGACCAAUGAUUCUAUUCAAUGAAUUAUUUUUUAGAAACAUUUCAUGAAUUCAUUGAGACCCACUUAAUUCUGUCUUUCAGCUUACCUUCUCUGGCAGUAGGCCUGGAUCCAAGGGCAGAAAGUCUUAGCCCCAGGGAGAGAGCUGUGAGUUUUUCUAUCAGUAAAAUUUGUAUAUUUCUGUACGUAUCUAGUUCUUGAACUGUGCUUGUGGCUGACAGGCUGAGAGGGAAAGAAUGGUCUUGGACAUCAAAGUAAAGCUACAGGUAAAGUCUUUUAUGUUUAGCAAUGAAUUGGAACGCUAGCUGCAUGUUAUGUUGCAAUGUAAUUUUAUAGGGAAGCAAAAGAAAGAGUGCAAUCGAAUUCGUCUUUUGCGCUACCAAUUCUUGUAUCUUCGUAUCAAUCGGUUAAUAACAUUGGUCCCUACUUCUCUCGAAAGACAUCGAAUCUACCUACUACAAGGAUGUAGUCCUAUUCUUUUCAUAUUUUUGCAACAUGUAAACUCUUAUUCUAACAUACUACAAGGAUGUGCGACACAAAAUGAGUACGUCUGCAUUUUUCUAUUUUUGCCUUUAUGCCGAUAUUCGGAAAUAUGCGCAGGGAACAUUGAUUAUUUGGUUUGUGAUCCUGGCACACGUUUUGGUGAUUACUCCAUAUAUGCUUGGAAUUUGAUUUUUGCCCCUUCCCAUCUAUCUGACUCUAAACAAUUAGUUUUUCUAUUUUAUUUGGUAGUUAAAUCUCAUUUUCAAAAGUUACGAGUUUGUGGUCCUCAGGACUGGGAAAGAGGUGGAUUUUUUUCAGUUUGCUUGGGGGGGGGGCGGCUUCUACUGACUAUUGUGCAGUUCUGAAUAUUACGGUUUUGUCGUACUCUGAAUAAUUAAACCUAACAUGAUAUGAUGUAGAUCAUUUGUCAUUGUGUUAGAUGGUAUUGGCUUUGUAAUCCUAAGAGAAAUCCACAACUUUAAGUGAAAAGGAUUUUGGUCCCAUUGAUUAUUAUGGAAUGAGCAACAACAAUUGCUCUGUGAUGGUAUUUACCUUUGUUCUCAGCGUGAAUUCUUUUCUAGAAUUACUGGUCGAAAUUUUAUGUUUUAAAUUCUAGAAAGUUGUUUAUGAGCCACGUGAAAACUUUUUGAUGUUAUUAAUUUUCUUACUUUGAUAUUUCUGUGUAAAUGAGGUCCCUUCCGCUGGUCAUUGUAUAGGGUUUGUGGGUGCGUCUUUUGAAGCUUGGUGCGACUGAGGAUCCGCUCUCAUCUUUUGAGUAUGGCACAAUCCUUGGUAUGAUUCGUAAUACUUCAUCUUGCGUAGCAUGCUGUGGUUUCAACUGCAUCCAAUAGCUAGUCUGCUCUAGAUUUUCUGGAUAAAUAUGUUAUUAUCUCAUGAUCCACAUUUUGUCUCACAGCUUUAAUCGAGUCAGAUGCAGAAGGGAUUGGAGGGAGUGGGUUUGUUGAGUGUAUUAGGGAACACAUUCAUUCGGUUUGUAUAGUUUGGAAAAGUUCUAUUGAAUAAUCGUCCUUACGGGAUUAUUCUUAUUUAUUUUUAACAUUACUCUUAGGGAUGGCAAUGCCGAUUGACAGAGGAGCAAUUUAUUGCAGUCAGGGAACUCGUAAGUUUCGUGACUUUCUUACCCUGUGAUAUGUUUAUUUCCAAGUGUUGGAUUUCUAAAUCUUGAUGUACUGUGUAUGGGGAUUCACACCAUGGGGAUGGUCAUCACAGGAACUUCUAGUCUGAGGGUAUAUUGGGAAAGAUCACGUAGGGUUAUCUCCCUAUUUAUGGGGUGAUAAAUGUCAAUAUAAAGUGAGAUGGUUUCCCGCUCCUUCCCUGUCCUCUCAGUCAGAGGAAAGUUCUCCACACCGUCUAUUUCUCUCUUUUUGUUUCAACACCAAGGUGUGACAGUUUUUUUGGAUCUUCAGAAAUUUGGUUAUUUGUUUUCUAACCUUCUUAGUGCAUUUUUAUCAGUUUCACUGAUUGAUAUUUUCCUGAGUUAACUUGAAUUCUACUUCGUUAUGGAAUACUUCCUGAGGGCCUUUUUCUUUCUUCGAUCCUAAAAUAUAUUAUGGGGUCUAGACAGAUUCUUAGUUUAUCUGAACUGUGAGUCCACUACUCCAGGUUAAAGUUUCAUGCCUCUACAGCAUUCUGAUAAAAAACCUGUCUAACUUUCACUGGACACAAUCUUCAGGAUUCGAUUUCCCUUAGUUUAUUAGAGUUAACUAGUCUUGUAACCUUGAAAUACUACCUUGUUAUGUUCCUUAGAAGUUUUCUUUUUAGUUGAUUGCUCCUUUAAAAGGUAAACUUAAUGUUUUCAAAAGAAUCUGCUUCUUAGUAUUUGACUCUUCUUUCAGGGCCAACUUCUUAUUUUCGUUAGGUUUCUUGUUGGUGAGGUUUAUUGUCUUAUUAAAGAGAGACAUGACCCUCAUUGUCGGCUUGUUGAAUUAUUGUGACGAAAUAUUGUUGAUUUCUUUUUUCUUUUUCGAUGCUUAAGUGUACCAUACUCGUGUGCUUUAAUUCGCUUUUUUCCUCCUUUAUCACUUUGAUGAUCCAUGCUUACCUCUGAACACUUUGCGGUUCUAAGGCUUACAAAAACUUUCAUGAUGAAUUGGUUGGAUAGUCAGUAUUUGCUUGUCAUUGUUGGUGGAUCAUCACUGCAUGUGGAGAUAGAAAUGAGGAAAAUAAUCCGGUUCGUCGUCAGAUCAGCAUGCCUUGGUAGUCAUGUGGAGAUGUAGUGAGGGAUACUUGAAUUACCAGUUCCUCAUGUCUUCUUUUACAGAUUAAACGCAAGAACUUCCGCAUGAUACAAAUUAGAACUCCGGUUUGGACUCAUUUAUGCUGUCAUUCAUGGGUUUUUUGGAAAAACAACAGUGGAAGGAGAAUGACGAAACUGUUGGAAGAAAUUGUAAAUAAGUCCUAAAUUGUAUUUUUCAUUAUCAAUACCUUCUUGAGGCUGCCUCUUCAAAUUGCCACUUACUACCUGCUUCAUGUUGAGCGAUUCUGAUCAGAUAUCACUUUUAUGAAAGAUAUUUGAAUCUUUGGUUCCCUUCAGUUUUGACUUAAAUUAGUCCAAGCCGGAGUUCAUAUCAAUAGUCCCUUCAGAGUGACAUAUGGUCACUCUUUUGCACUUAAUGAUCCCAUAUAUAUUUUUCUCCUAAUUUUAUCACUAUAUACUGGAUUUUUUAUUUAUCUGUCAGAUCCUGUGAGUUUUUAUUUCUGUAUAUAAACAUGUAUAUCUUAUGUGGACUGUUGGACUAAUAAUGUAUCCAGCUCAAGACUGCAAUAAGUCGUGCUGCAUCACGAAAUGACUUGGCAACAAUAAGGGAUGCGCUUGAAGUUUCGGCUGAAAUGUAUAAGAAAGAUUCAAAUAAUGUCCCAGAUUAUAUACAACGCCAGCUUAUAAGUCUAUCUAUAUGGGAUGAUUCACGGUAAGUCUUGUAGAGCGCUUGCUGCUACUUUAUGUAAAGAACAAUUUAUCGCUUUCUGUGUUAGGAGUGUUUUAUUUAGUUAGACACUUGAUUAGACGUCAAAUCACUGAGAUUAUGUAAUGUUUUCAAAACAUAAUCAUAUAUGCUCGUAAUUUGUUUGUUUCUUCAAUAUAGUAAACUUCUGACUUGAAAUUUUUCAUCCUAUGUCGAUGACUAUUGAGAACCAUCUAUGAUACCUUUAUACCAUUUAUGAAAUGCGUUUGGAGACAUUUUAAUACAUUAAUUGAUGCAGUAAACUAUGUGCCAGUAUAAAAGUCGAAAUUGGUCCAUAGCUUGGAAAUAUUUUAAAAUUUGUUCAUUUGCUGUAUUUGGUCCUAGUUUCACAUUUCGUUGCUAUGAUUGUCGAUUAGGAACAACCAUUCUCAUUGCUGUGGAAUGGAAUCAGUUCUUAUUUUUCACCAGAGUUAAUAGGAUUGGACAGUGUUAUGGGGUAUUAAGCUGAAAAAUCACCUAAAGUUUUUCAAAAAUUCAUGUUCUUUUAGUUUUUUGUCGAACUGAAUUCUAUUUCGUUGUUUUUUUUUCUGUGGAAUACAAUUAUCUUAGUUAACUGCCCAAAUUGAUGUUUCCUUAUCUGUUCUCUGUUGCAGUUUCUGGGAAGCCUAUUUUGAAAACUUAAUGGAGUGCUCCUCGAGCAAGUAUGGAACCAGUUUUUCUUAUAUUUCUUUGGUUCUCUUGUAUAAAAUUCUUAAUCUACCUUAGAGGUACCUUUUUGACAAUUUCAGCAAAGAGUAAAUACUGUGGCACAGAAAUUUUUUAACACGAAUAAAUAAUAACCCUUCUGUAGCAUAUAUUUCCUAUCAUAUCAUUGUUAGUAAUGAUGAAAAUACACCACAAUAGUACUUACUCAUAGCGUUAGCCUUUUCAUCAAGCUAUGUACUCUAAUGUAAUUCUCGGAUAUAUUCAUUUCAACUCACAUUUUGUGUUACAUUUUCUGAUUGCUCAGCUGAUAUAUGCUGAAAUUUAUUUUCCUAGAUAAUAUGCAGGUCUUUUUUUACGUAAUGAUUGAACUAACUACACUUUCUGGAACCUGUAACUGUAUACAACAUUUUAUAUGUUUCAGAUCGGUCAAUUAUGUCAUUCUUGUGACUACCCAGCUUUUUAUUGUGGCAUCACACAUGGUAAUACUUUUUAUGGUCUUUUUAUCAUCAGGGUUUGGAUAUCUAUCCAAAUUUUAAUUGCCUCUCCAGUACUAAUCUUUCAUCUUUGUUUCAUCAUGGAGGCUGGAUUGGGAAUUCCUGACAAUGAUGCAUGGAACGUUAUUGAAACAAUUGGAGAGAAAAAUAAUCUUGGAUUUAAGCAACUUGUGAGUCCUUAUUUGUUAUUAUUAACUUUAAUCAUAGUAUUCAUACCCGUAAGUACUGAUACCACUGAUUUGCUUCCAGAUCAAACUUAGAGGAUUGCUGUCGCAUAUUCAGCAAUUGCGGAUUGGCUAUUGGGGAUUUUCAGCAGGGAAGGUCCAGUCCAUUCUCUCAUAUGGUUUGCCAUCCCCGCGUCCACAGGAUGCCACAGAUGAAAGCCAACAAACUACAGAGGCAUCUGGAGUGGGGAGGAGUUGGGUGCAGAGUAUGUUCAGCAGAGAUGCAGCAUCAAGAAUUAAUUCACUUAGUCGAGCUCGUAAGUGGACCUAUGACUUCAGCAAUUCUAUUCUUGUUAAUUGAUAUUUUUCCUAAUUUUUCAAGGGAAUGCUUGAUAAUUUAUAUCCUCAUGUAGUUUCAUAUUCUGCUAGACUUUUGCAUUUUCAUUUCAUUAUUCUUAUUCCUUCUUCCUAUUUCAUUUACUUAAAUUUCACAUGUUUCGCUGUUUCAUGGAUUUUGUAGAUUACCGGUUCAUUUUGGAUUUUUACAUUAUAAACCUGAGUCUUGGCCAACCAGUGUUUCCUAGCGGCUCAUUAAUUUAUUGUCUAAGUCUCCAUUUCUCAAUAACUACCCAUUAAGAGCCAUGACCAAGUCGAGAUUAGUGUAAGCCUGAUAUCUCGCUGGAAAACUCUACUCAGAGCAUAUGGCACUUUUAUAUCCAAACCCAAUAAGGAUUAUGAUGAUGAUGACAAUAAGGAUUAUUUUCAUUUUCAAUACCGUUACUUUCUGUGUUUCUUUUGUCUUUUAUUCUUUUAUGCAAAUGUAAAUAUCGAAACUAAUAGCUUUCUUUGAUACCAGAGCUACCCUCUCCUGUACAGAAGAAAAUUCAAUCUAGUGUUCGUAUUCUGAAGGGUCAUUCAGGUGCUAUUACCGCACUUCACUGUGUAACAAGAAGAGAGGUUUGGGAUCUUGUUGGUGACCGUGAAGAUGCGGGAUUUUUUAUCAGUGGAAGCACUGACUGCACGGUAGUUUGAAGUUUGAUGUUAACUUUCCUUACAUUGUUAGUUAUUUUUUCUUCUUGGACUCAUGAAAAGGCUUCUUUUUAUCUUCUCUUUGAUUCACACCUAAAAUUUUAUGUAUUAUCUAAUAUCACGAAGAACAAGUGGCUGUUCCGCUGUAGUAAGCCCCUGGUUGAAGUCAGAAUCCAGUUUGAGUGCUCAAACUCCUAUGAUAUGAGGGAGUUUCUGAAAAUAUCAUUUCUGCUACCCCACAGUUCGUAACAUCACCCACUGGCCAUCCUGAUAUGAGGGUGGUUCCUGAUACCUUUUUUUAUGUGGUCCAGAACUUUGUCCCAAUAUUUAUGCUAUUGAUUGCAAUUUUCUUUUCAUUUCAGUAGGGGGGAAACCUGUUGAAAUAAAGACGGCUAACCAAAUUCAUUAUAAUUAUCUCAUUUACUUGAUACUGGCUUCUCAUUGUCUUUGGUGCAUAAUUUGACUUUCAUUGCACUGUUAACCAGUGUGUUUCAUUACGGAGUUUGGCACCCAUACUCCCCGUUUUCAGGAAUUUUUUUGGGGGCAUGCUACUAUAAUAUUCACAUGGAUCAGGUUGCCCUGGUAUCCACUGUAUUUGUGUGUUUGGACCAUGGAUGUAGGAAGAGCAUAACUAUGGAAUAAUCCAUGUUUUUGUGUGUCUGGUCCUCACUUCUUCUUUCUUUGUUUUUUGCUCUCUAUUCUAUCACCUCAUGCUAAUGAUAAGGAUCCCACCCCUAACAUGAUGCAUGCAUUUUUCAUGAUUACAGGUUAAAAUAUGGGAUCCUAGUCUUCGAGGUGCUGAACUCAGAACAACCCUCAAAGGGCACACGAGGCGGGUGAAAUAAUUUUUCGCUUCAUCUUUUCAGUUAUCAUUAGUGUCCACUUAGCAUUACACUCCAUGUGUAAUGCUGAUGUUUAUUUCCACUUGGUUAAAACAAUAGUACAUCAUUUGUUUCUUUUCACUGCAGGCCUAUUCGUGCUAUCAGCUCUGACCGUGGUAGAAUUGUAUCAGGAUCUGAUGACCAUUCUGUAAUUGUUUGGGAUAAGCAUGUAUUCCAACCUCUUGAGGAAUUGAAAGGUCAUGACGCUCCAGUAAGAUUCCAUCACCACUAUAGCCUUUCUGAACUUCUUCCAUUUACUAUUUUUAUCAUUUAGAGAAAUGUGGAGUUACAAGUAUUUUCUUAUAGAUUCAUUUCUUCUCUGUGAAAGACUUUAUUAUGAGUAGAGUUGGCCUUUGCAUUUCAGACAAGGAUUGAAUUUUUCAAAAUUGAUGUCAUUUUAACACGGCUACUCAGAAGCGGACAUAUCAUUCUUCUAGUCUCUGCACAUAGCUGAGGGGCAUAAUCUGAACGCUUAUAUCAUCUGAAGUUAUGGUUCCAAAUCAAAUUAGUAUGGCUGUUGUUAAUUGAAACUAAAGAAAGUGUCGCAGCAAUAUUCAGGGACUGGCAGAUUUUGCUCUGAAUGUGCGAGACAUGUAGGAAAGUGAGAGGCUCUCCAGUAAUAUUUCCAUUGCAUUGUAGACGUUCUUAAUGUGGAGUCUUCGUCAGGUUAUUAUUAUAGCACUUUUAUGUGCAAUGUGAGCUUGUAUACAUUUACAGCCCCCAUUUAAGACCAAAAAAAAACAGUUGUUAACAUCUACUUACGGUUAUGGUGAAGCAUAUUGCUUACUGAAUGAAUUCUCACUUCCGCUAUCUUGUUUUAAUUUCCUUCCAGGUUAGUUGUGUACGGAUGCUUUCAGGAGAACGUGUACUAACUGCUUCUCAUGAUGGUACCGUGAAGAUGUGGGAUGUAAGAACUGAUACUUGUGUGGCCACUGUUGGUCGCGGUUUAAGUGCCAUUCUCUGCAUGGAGUAUGAUGACUCUACUGGAAUCUUAGCUGUUGCGGGAAGAGAUACGUAUGAAUAUAUGAAAUUUGUAUUUCCACUUCUAUGGAUUUGCUUAUUUGCAAGUUAAUGAAUGUAUUAAAGCUACAAGUAUUGUGUUGUCAGGGUGGCAAAUAUCUGGGACAUUCGUGCUGGAAGGCAGAUGCACAAGCUUCAAGGACACACAAAAUGGAUCCGGUAAAACGCGGGACACAAAUGUUCAUUGUUUAGUCUCUCUCAUACUUUGGAUUCCACUCACUUGUGGAGAAUUUGUCGUGCAGGUCCAUAAGAAUGGUUGGUGACACUGUACUAACUGGAAGUGAUGAUUGGACUGCUAGAGUUUGGUCUAUUUCUCGUGGCUCAUGUGAUGCAGUCCUAGCCUGUCAUGCUGGUCCCAUCUUAUGCGUGGAACAUUCUCCAGCUGAUAAAGGCAUAAUUACUGGUUAGUUACUUCCCAUUCUACUGAAAUUCCUUUUCCUUCUACUUUCAGAGAAUUGUUAUUUUUUCGCCCUAGAUAAAGAGUUUGAGUUGCUUGAACUAUUUUCUAGUUUUGAACCUGUAUAAUUAGACAUCUGGUGCAAUCACUUCCAGGUUCCAUUGAUGGGAUUCUCCGCUUCUGGGAAAAUGAAGAAGGUGAAGUGGCUCUUUUUUAAUUUAUUAAUUUCUGAGAGAGAUAAAUAUGAUUACAUUUUCAUGUCGCCAAAAGUUUACCUUUUGUCGUCAGAUUGUCGCAGGCAUCAUUCUUGUUUCCUCAGUAUCCCAUCUUGGUUAAAGGAUUUACCUAUGCUUUUCAUUAUAUUGUGCAUCUUUAUAAGAUAAUCAUCAUUCAUCAUGUCUGUACAUCAGAAUGCUUUGCAUAUCGCACCUUGUCUUGUUGAGUAUUGUUGCGGGUUUAUUGUGCGGUCAGAAACAGGUGAUGAAACCGUUGCUAGUCAGAAUGAACAACGGUCACUUUCAAUAGUGCAAUAACUAGCUUCAGCAUCCAUCAACAUGGAUGAUGUGUUUCUCACCAUUGAGGGUUAAUGUCUAUCAUUAAAGAUGAUUACGUGGAGAAAACCUUACUAUUGAUCAGUAUGCGCCUUUUUGUGCUGCUUGCUUGAGCUCCUCGCCAUUCUAUCCCUCACUUUUUGCUAGUGCUGGGGUGUCUCAUCAUGAUUAUUACAUUCUAGGUGCCUCAGCCACAAAGAGAGAUAUGAUAAAUUAAGUUUUCUGAGAAAAGAAUGACCUGCGAGGAUUUUGAGAUAUUUAACUCCCAAAGGGCCGUGAACUCUGAGUAAUCUUAUCAAUAAAGCAUAAAGGUAAACACUGACGGCCAUACGAAAAAAAGACAACAAAUAAAUUUUUCAAAUGCGUUAGCAACGGGGUCAAAUUUGAAAAAUUCAGCUGGCAUGGAGAUUCUGUGGGUGUGAGGUCAUAUCUGAUGGAUGGACCGAUUGGUCAAGAGAGCUUAGUUAUGACCUAUUCGCUUUAGGAAAAAUAGUAAACGCUGAAUUGUACAGAAAACGGUGAGGAAUGACUCCCCUUCCCCCAGAGUCUUCAUGGAAAAACGCAGCCAGAAAUAUGAGUAGAAUAACUCAAUCUAUGGGCUGAUUUGUCCUGGAAUCUUCCAAUUCUGGAGAUAUUCCCUGAUUGUUGGGCCAAGCUGGCUAAUCGCGUCAGAUCACGAGUGUUGGUAUUGAGUAUGAAUGAGUUGUUUAUUUGGCGGAAGUAUUAUGUAAUGUUAAGUAUGUUUUUUUCUUAUUUAUCCUCUGCUUGUGUAAUUUAACAUGACAAUAAAGAUUCUGUGAAGCACUCUCCCAUAUUGAAUUGCACUAUUCACUGUCUGAAUUAUUAAAUUGUCUUGCACUUGUGACAUGAAUGUGAAAACUGUUCUAUUUUUUCACUCAUCAAUGCUGUAAUAACGGGCAGAUGUCAGGUUUCAUCCACUGAGGUAGAAAAUAGCAUUCUUAAUUUGCAGUCGAUUUCAUCCAUAUGUUGAUUGUGCUGGGGUAUACUGUUCUUUCUAACUGCAGGACGGAUAAAAUGUACGAAGAAUGUCACCAUUCAUUCUGCUUCUAUUUUGUCCAUCAAUGCUGGGGAGCAUUGGCUUGGGAUUGGAGCAUCAGAUAAUUCCAUGUCUCUCUUUCACCGACCUCAAGAACGAUUAGGCAGUUUCUCCAGCACAGGAUCGAAGAUGGCUGGGUGGCAGCUGUACAGAACUCCUCAAAAAACUCUGGCAGUGGUAUCUGACAUACUAUUAUCCUUUCUUUCUUUUUGGCGUGCAUUUUAAUGAAAUCUAAAUGCAAUCAUUACUAGGAUUCAUAUCAUCUCCCUGUUUCAUUGUGAAUCCUAUAACAUUAGGAAGUAACUUCAUUUUAACGUAUGAUGGGAUCAAACAAUUCCAAGCUAAAGUACACGUACCCUGAUCUCUUGGAUUAGGUUUCCUCUCCUCUGACUGGUUUAAGUUGGCUGGGCCUUUCUAUUUCCAAUGUUUUUUUUUUUGUAUUAUUUCCUGAGCUUAAAGGCUUGCCUGGCUUAUUUCGCAUAGCUUUGAUGAAGAAACAGGCCAAUUCAAUCUGCUUUACUUGAAGCAAAGUCUGCUAACUCUGUCUUCUCUAGGUUUUUCGGUUGAUGUAUCAAACCACGAGCUUACACUCUUGAGUAAUUUAAGCCUUGCAGCAAAAAAAAUUAUGUAGCUUGCACUAACAUUUGAACAUGUUUAUCCUUGGUAUAUUUCACAUCCCCAAUAUUGAACAGAUUUUACGAAAUAUUGUCAUGAAAAAAAAUAAAAUUGCAGUGACCUUCUAAAAGAUGUGGCUUGAGGGAUAUAAUCCUCAUAUUCUGGUUUACCUAUAUAUAUAUAUAUAUACACGUUGUUAUGUGAUAAAGAGAAGUAUGUCUCAAAAGUUGCAUCAUAUUCUAUUGUGCAUGUUAUAUUAUAUUAGGAGUUGAUAACCUUUUAGGGCAACAGGAUUGUCAAGGUCUCUGCGUGAUCAAGCUUUUUAAAGCUUUAUCAGUAGACAUGUAAGGGGGAAUCUAGAAGCUCUUAAGGGUAUGUAAUAGCUUUCUGCAGAUGAUUAUAAACUUGGUAGUCUUGUUCCUCCUCCUUUCCCUUUUUAUGAGUUUGAUAUUUUUAAUAGCUCGACAAGGGGGAAUCAGAAUAUUUUUAUAUGGAUUUCUAACUUUGUCUUUGCCUGUGGUUUGGAUAAUACACCGAACAGAUAUCUUGAUCUUUAUCAGCCUCAGCUGAUUGCUACUCGCAGACAUCCUCCCUCAUUCAUAUUUUGAUGAUCUUACCCAAGAACCACCACCACCACCGCAUCUCUCGGCAAAGGGGAAGAAAAAAAAGAGAAAAAAUAAGCUAUUUAAGCACUUUAGUAGGGUAACUCAUGGUCCAAAUUAAAGGAUCUUAUUUUCUUUGACAUGGUGGAUGCCAAAUCAUGCAAUAUUUCAUGCUUGCUGACUUGAAGAAUCCCUUCUUCUACUGCUCAUCACCGUGCUUUGCUGUUGCCAUUCUAGGUACGGUGUGUGGCUUCUGACCUUGAUAGGAAGAGAAUCUGCAGUGGCGGCCGCAAUGGACUUCUUCGCCUGUGGGAAGCCACCAUCAACAUCUGA